AUGGAGGGCGCAGAUGGCAGAUCUAGGCCGGCGACGUCGAGACGAAGCAAUGGGCAGCGGAUCCGGUCCAACGGCGUCGAGGUGGAUUGGCGGGCGGCGGUGUCGAGGCAGUGCAACGGGCACCAGCAGCCUUACGGCCGCGGUGAAGGCGGAGGCCGAGGCGCCGGCGGGUACCCGCAGCAGCCGCUCGGGCGCAGGGAGGGCGCGGCCCCGGGCCGCGGCGGCGUGGGGCCAGCACCCGUCCGUUCCGCUCCCGCCGCGCCACGACCUGUAGCGCCGGUGGCCGUCUCCGCGGCAGCCGCCUCGACUCCCGCGAGGCCGCCCGCUCCCGCCGCGUCGGGUCCGGCGCCAGCGCCUCCAGCCCCCGCCGCGGCGGUGGCUGCUACCGCCUUGGCGAGAGGCAUGGGGAGGCUGGCCGUGGCGGGCGCGCACCCCGCCGCUCCUCCCGCGCCUGCUGCAGCUAGAUCCGCGCCCGCGCAACAGCCGGCGGCGGCUCCGCCGGUGUCGAGCAAGGGGAUCCCGCACCCGGCGCGCCCGGGGUUCGGCAAGCUGGGGAGGAGGGUCGUCGUGCGCGCGAACCACUUCCUCGUCGAAGUGGCCGACAACGACAUCUGCCAUUACAACGUUUCAAUCAGUCCUGAACCGAAGGCAAGAAGAAUCAACAGGGUGGUGCUUUCGGAGCUUAUCAAGGCGCACGGUGAGACAUCGCUCGCCCACAAGAUGCCUGCAUACGAUGGAAGCAUGAGCAUGUACACUGCAGGCGAGCUGCCAUUCAAGUCAAUGGAUUUUGUUGUCAAGUUGGGACGCCGAGAAAUUGAGUACAAAGUGACAAUUCGAUAUGCGGCACGGGCAAAUCUGUACCACCUGCAGCAGUUCCUCAACGGUCAGCAAAGGGACUCACCACAUGACACAAUCCAAGCACUUGAUGUUGUAAUGAGGGAAUCGCCUUCUCUCAAUUAUGUCACUGUUUCAAGAUCGUUCUUCUCCAAGCAGUUUGGUGCUGCAAGGGACAUUGGUGAUGGGCUGGAGUGUUGGAGAGGAUAUUAUCAGAGCUUGCGCCCCACUCAAAUGGGCCUCUCGUUGAACAUUGACACAUGCUCGACUUCAUUCUAUAAAUCUAUCCCUGCGGUACAAUUUGUUAAGGAGUUUCUACUGGUGACAAACCCCAGGCAGCCUUUUUCGGACAGGGAUCGUUUGAAGAUUAAGAAAGCCCUGCGUGGAGUUCGUGUUGAGACCACACACCAGCAGGGCAAAAAGAGCAUCUACAAGAUAACUGGGAUUACUUCUGUCCCACUAGAACAACUGAGCUUUCCUUGCAACGAUGGCACUCAGCUGACUGUUGUUCAAUACUUUGAACAACGUUACAAGUACCGGUUGCAAUACACUGCUUGGCCCUGCCUGCAGUCCGGCAAUGAUUCUAAGCCGAUAUAUUUACCGAUGGAGGUCUGUCAAAUUAUUGAAGGGCAGAAAUACUCUAGGAAGCUCAGUGACACACAGGUGACCAGCAUACUAAAGGCAACCUGUAAACGGCCCCAAGAGAGGGAGAACAAUAUCAUCCAGAUGGUUGGCCACAACAACUAUUCAGCUGAUAGGCUGGCACAGGUGUUCGGGAUCACUGUCACCAAUCAGAUGGCAAAUGUGCAAGCUCGUGUGCUGCCUCCACCCUUGCUGAAAUACCAUGAAUCUGGAAGGGAGAAAACUGUUGCACCAAGCAUCGGGCAGUGGAAUAUGAUUAACAAGAAAAUGGUCAAUGGUGGAACUGUUAACAGCUGGACUUGUUUGAGCUUUUCGCGGAUGCCACGUCAUGUUGUAGACAGAAUAUGCGAUGACUUGGUUCAGAUGUGCAAUUCCAUUGGCAUGGUUUUCAAUCGAAAGCCAGUGAUAGAAGUUCAGUCAGCUUCUCCCAACCACAUAGAAGCUGCUCUAAGGGAUGUUCACACGAGGGCUCCCAAUCUCCAGCUGCUUAUUGUGAUUCUUCCAGAUGUUUCUAGUCAUUAUGGGAAAAUUAAGAGGCUGUGCGAGACUAAACUUGAUAUAGUAUCUCAGUGCAUACAUCCAAAGCCCAACAAAAACAAGCAGUAUUUCGAAAACGUUGCCCUUAAAAUCAAUGUGAAGGUUGGAGGGCGUAAUACAGUGCUUGAGAGAGCCUUCGAGCCUAGUGGAAUACCUUUUGUCUCAGAUGUACCAACAAUCAUUUUUGGUGCUGAUGUUACCCAUCCUGUAGCAGGCGAAGACUCAUCGGCAUCUGUUGCAGCUGUGGUGGCAUCCAUGGACUGGCCUCAAGUAACAACCUAUAAAGCUCUGGUCUCUGCCCAAGCACAUAGGCAGGAGAUUAUACAGAAUCUCUUCUGGACUGCUACAGAUCCAGAGAAAGGCACCCCAGUAAAUGGUGGAAUGAUAAGGGAGUUGCUGUCUUCAUUCUAUAAGAGGACUGGCCGAAAACCUGAAAGGAUUAUUUUUUACAGGGAUGGUGUAAGUGAAGGACAGUUCAGCCACGUUUUGCUCCAUGAAAUGGAUGCAAUCAGGAAGGCUUGUGCCUCUAUGCAACGUGAUUAUCUACCCCCAGUGACAUUUGUAAUAGUACAGAAAAGGCACCACACAAGGCUCUUCCCUGAGGUUCAUGGAAGGCGUGAUCUCACUGAUAAAAGUGGAAACAUUCUUCCUGGAACUGUGGUUGAUUCCAGCAUUUGUCAUCCCAACGAGUUUGAUUUCUACCUUUGUAGCCAUGCUGGAAUCCAGGGAACAAGCAGGCCAGCACACUAUCAUGUCCUCUAUGACGAGAACCAUUUCUCGGCUGAUGCGCUGCAGAUGCUAACUAACAACCUGUGUUACACAUAUGCACGCUGCACGCGCUCUGUCUCAGUUGUUCCACCGGCCUACUACGCUCACCUGGCCGCGUUCCGCGCGAGGUACUACGACGAGCAGGCAGAGGGCACCGAUGGAGCCUCUGUUGUCAGUGGCGGCCCAGCUGCGCUCCGCCGGCUCCCGCAGGUCAAGGACAAAGUGAAGGAAGUGAUGUUCUUCUGCUGAUGAUCGGCGCGAGCUGCUGGUGGCCAUUGUGGUGCAUGUUCGGCUCUAGGCCGGCGGUCUCGAUCUGCAAAAGGCCGUGCUUUUGUAAGAACUUGUUCGCUGCUGAUGUGACUUUUAGGAUGUGCUAAACUGGCAUUGAUGGUUCUGCUGAGUUUUGCAUGAGUGCUGCUGGUGAAGUUUUAGUUGUUGGCGCCGUUUUGUUUUGUGUUCUUUUUUAAGAUAUCAAUUGAGUUCGGCUAAUGUACUCUUGCUGCCCAGAGAUCUGCAGAUUUUCUGGGACGUUGCAGUUUGAGGUAACUUUGCUCAAGGCUCAUUGAACCCAACAAGGUAAA